AUGGCUUUUUGUAAUGAAAGCCUGCUGGAGGAGUGUGACUUCUUGGAGCCGGGUGUAGAGGGAACCGCCGAGAGCCUCCCGCCUGAAGCUGCGACCCCCCUCAUAUCAGUCACCCUGCGGGUGACCCUGGCAGCCAUAAUGAUCUUCAUGAUUACUAUCGGUUUCCUGGGAAAUGCGAUUGUGUGUCUGAUUGUUUACCAGAAGCCCGCCAUGCGCUCGGCCAUCAAUCUCCUCCUGGCCACGCUGGCCUUUUCCGACAUCAUGCUCUCGCUGCUCUGCAUGCCCUUCACCGCCGUCACCGUGGCGACGGCCGACUGGACCUUCGGGACCGGCUUCUGCCGAGCCUCCAUCAUGCUGUACUGGCUCUUCGUGCUGGAGGGGGUGUCCAUCCUCCUCAUCAUCAGCGUGGACCGCUUCCUGAUCAUCGUGCAGCGGCAGGACAAGCUGACGCCGCACCGGGCCAAGCUGCUGAUCGCCGGCUCCUGGGUGCUGAGCCUGUGCGUGUCGCUGCCCUCGGUGGUGGGCUGGAGGACGGGGGCGGCGGGGAUCGGCGGCGCCUGGGCGCCCCAGUGCGUGCUGGGAUACAGCGAGUCCCUGGCCGACCGCGGCUACACGGUGCUGCUGGCCGUGGCGGUGUUCUUCGUGCCCUUCGCCGUCAUGCUGUACUCCUACCUGUGCAUCCUCAACACGGUGCGCCGCAACACGCUGCGCAUCCACAACCACGCCAGCGAGCGCUCCUGCCUGCCCGCCCUCAGCCAGGUCAGCAAGGCCCGGCUCACCGGCCUGCAGCGCCCGCCGCAGAUCAAGGUGGACAUGAGCUUCAAGACCCGGGCCUUCACCACCAUCCUCAUCCUCUUCGUGGGCUUCUCGGUGUGCUGGCUGCCGCACACGGUGGUCAGCCUGCUGGCCGUCUUCAGCCGGCAGUUCUACUACAGCUCGGUCUUCUACCCGGUCAGCAUCGGGGCGCUGUGGCUCAGCUACCUGAAGACGGUCUUCAACCCGGUCAUCUACUGCUGGCGGAUCCGCAAGUUCCGGGAGGCCUGCCAGGAGUUCAUCCCCAAGAGCUGCAGACUGUGUCCCCGGGUGCCCGGCCGGAGCCACAGGCGAGUGAGGCCCAGCAACAUCUACGUGUGCAGCGAGACCCAGUCCACCGUGUGA